AUGCUUUUCAUUUCGUUUUUAUUGCAAGUGUUAACGGUUGCCCAAUCUGGAAAAAUAUUAGUUUUGGUGGAUAAUUUGAAUGUGAGAGAAACACAUUCCAUAUUUUUAAAAUCUCUUACAGAGAGAGGUCAUGAACUGGUCAUAAAGACAGCGGAUGACCAAACCUUAUCACUUACAAAAUAUGGUGUACGUCUAUAUGAUCAUCUCAUCAUAUUUGCACCAGGAGUUGACGAAUUUGGAGGUACAGUUACUGUUAAGGCGAUUACAUCAUUUAUUGAUGAUGGUGGGAACGUAUUAAUAACAGCAGGAACGCGUAUUGGUGAUGCCUUACGUGAUCUCGCCGCUGAAAAUGGUUUUGAGUUCGAUGAAGAUCGAACUGCAGUUAUCGAUCAUUUGAAUUAUGACAGCGUCCUUGAUUUAGGAGAUCAUACAACAAUAGUGGCUGAUCCGUCAAAUCUAAUCUCCGCUCAAAUAAUCAUCGAUAAAUCACAAGUUAAUCCUAUUUUGUUUCGUGGUGCAGCGUUGAUUGCUGAUAAAGCAAAUCAGCUUCGCUUGGAAAUACUCUCCGCUUCAACUACUGCAUAUUCUUUCAAUCCUAAUGACAGAGUAGAAGAAUAUCCAGGUGCAAUGGGGCGCUCUACAUUGUUGGUCGGUGCUAUUCAGGCAAGAAAUAAUGCACGUAUUUUGUUAACUGGUUCCAUUUUAAUGUUCAGCGAUGCUUUCAUCAGUGCGACCGUUAGCAAAUUUGGCUCAACUUCAAAACCUCAAAAAUCUGGAAAUUUCCAACUGGUAACUGCAUUGAGCGAAUGGGUAUUUAUGGAGAAGGGUGUGCUAAAAGUAAAAAAUGUUAUGCAUCAUCGGGUUGGUGAAAAAGAACCUCCACAAGAAUAUACUAUAAUGGAUAAUGUUGAGUACAUAAUCGAAAUUGAAGAGUUCAUUAACGGCAAGUGGGAACCCUUUAAGGGAAAUGACGUUCAACUUGAAUUUACUCGUAUUGAUCCAUUUGUACGGACCACUCUUAAAAAUUUCAAUGGUAAAUUGAAAACGCAGUUCAAACUUCCGGAUGUUUACGGUGUGUAUAAAUUUAUGGUCGAUUAUCGUCGCGUUGGAUACACACAUUUGCUCGAUGUGCAACAAGUAUCUGUACGACCUCUUCAACAUACUCAAUAUGAACGUUUUAUCCACAGCGCAUAUCCUUACUAUGUGUCAGCUUUUUCAAUGAUGAUAGGAGUAGUUUUAUUCUCAUGUGUCUUCCUAUAUCAUAAAGAACCAUCAAAAGAAAGCAAGAAAGAUUAG